AUGGCGUUGUGGACGAGAGCAGCAAAGCGACUACUUCCGCCGCUACUUCCGUCGUCUCUGUCUCCACGUCGACCGCUCUUGGCGCGCUCGCGGUCCGUCCUCUCCGUCGUGCCGCAGCUGCGCGCGUCGAUCCCGGCGUCGUUGCCUGCGAUUCACCGAUUGGUGGAAAACUACGAGCGCGACCUGCAGCUGUUUGCACCGAUCGAGCGUACCGAAUCAGAAGUCGUGUUCGCCAACAACCACUUACGGUUAUCUAGCAUUGACGUUGUUGGCUUUGACUAUGACUACACGCUGUGCCAUUAUACGGACGAACUGCAGUACCUCAUCUAUGCCAUGGCUCGAGACUAUAUGGUCCACAAGUUGCGAUACCCGGAGGGUGUGUCGGUAUUGCAGUACGACCCCACCUUUGCCAUCAGAGGCUUGGCAAUUGACAAGCAAAAGGGUCUGUUGUGCAAGAUAAGCUCUCAUCAGAAACUGUCGAACACGGCGGUGUUCCGAGGUCGCGAGCGUCUGUCGCGGGACGAGAUCAUUGAGUUGUAUGGCGGUUCGAAGCACAUUUCUGUGCGCGACCGCGCUGACAACAUGAAGCCGCUCAACGACCUGUUUAGCGUUGCACACGCGUGUUUGUUCGCGGACGUUGUGCAGUACAUGAUGGAACAUCAUAUUGAGUACGAGCCUAUUGCGCUCGUGGAAGACGUGGACCACGCUAUCACAAACGUUCACCUUAGUGGAGAAAUGCACAAGGAGGUGUUGCGAGAUUUGACGAGGUUCAUUGAGCCCAACCUGACUCUGAGGCCGCUACUAGAGCGCAUGCGGAACUGUGGCAAGAAGAGCUUCCUGUGUACAAAUAGCUCGUUUUCGUACGUCAAUGCUGGAUUGAGGUACAUGUUGGGGGACGACUGGCGAGAUCUCUUUGAUGUGGUUAGUACCAGUGCACGAAAGCCCUCUUUUUACACUCGUCAGCGCUCAUUCCGUGUGCUGGAUAUCGAGCACAAACAAGUGCAGUGGCACGCAGUGCAAGCGUUGGACCGAGGCGAUGUCUACACUCAAGGAAGCAUGCAUCAGCUGUCUAAGCUGGCCGGAUGGGUAGGAAACCGCGUGCUUUAUAUCGGCGACAAUUUGUUCUCAGAUCUGGUCGAGCCUUCUCGUGCUAACGGCUGGAGAACGGGUGCGAUCAUUCGCGAGCUAGAGGAUGAAAUGCGCGUUCAGCGAACUCCUGGGUACCAGUGGCUAGCCUUCCAGAUCGACAAAGUGGAGCAGCUGAUGCGAAGCAUCCAGAACGAGCUUCGCUCGGCACCAACUCAAAACCAUGCUUUCGUGGAUGAGCUUGUCACUAUUCACGAGACGCUUCAGAUGGAGAUGGACAAUCUCAUGAAUGUCAACUUUGGAUCGGUCUUUCGAGCUGACACGUACCCUUCGCAGUUCGCAUUUAUUGUUCAGCGCUACGUCGAUAUCUACUCAGCGCGACUCGAGAACUUCUAG